AUGGACCUGGCGCUGAUGAUCGACCAGGCCAUCGACCUCGAGUUCCCGUCGGUGGAGCUGUGCUCCUGCUGCCUCACCUACCUGGCGCCCUGCGUGGUCACGGCGCAGGGUGCGUGCGCAGAGGCCAUCGCCCCGAAUUGCUCGAUUGCCCCUGGCUGUGGCAGCGCCGACCAUUGUGCGCGCGUCUUUCUUUACAGGCUGCUGGAGAGGGUGGAGGGUCCAGGAACGUUGGUGCUCGAGCAGACCAAAGAGGUCACGUGCGAGUUGGUGGAGGGUAUGCCACGCAUGGGUCUACGUUUUUUUCCGAAGUCGCUGCUUAUGAUGUCGAACCCUAAGGACGAGGAGCAGGUCCAGAGGCACGUCCUGCGGGUCACUGGCAUCAAGAUCAAGAGGUCCAGCUGGGCCAAGUACCUCGGGAUUGAAUGCUCCAUGGGCCUCAAGUGGGCUAGCAAGACGACCGAGUGCAGGGUGACCCUGGCUCAGGCGCAGGCCGCCCGGGCGGCCCAGUUCAAGCGAGUGGGGCGAGGAGGCAAGAGGGCCGAGGGUAUCAUGCUGCGCAACGCCAACACCAAGGCCAAGUUUAAGUACGCGGAUCCCGUGCUCGGCGCGCCGCCGUCCGAGGUCGCGCUCAGAUGGAGAUGCGUGGCAGGCCCGAUGGGCGCGCUCAUCCUCAUGUUGUGGGAGCUGGGCUGGACGCCUCGCGGCUCCGACGUCUGGAUCGACGACCAGGGGGGCGAGUGGCGGCACAUGGGCGACGUCGCGGACGGCUACGACGAGCUGUUCAAGGCCCGGCGCUCCUCAGUGCGACGCGAGUUUGGCGUCGAGCUGGACGGCACCCUGCAGGGCAUUGUCUGGAGGAUGGCGAAUGCCCUGGCAUGUGCGGACGAAGGGCGGGGCGUGGCUGGCCCAUCCUUCAGGCUGGCGGCGGAGCGGGCCGAGUGGGCCAGGGGCUUCCCCGCGCACGCGCGCCCGCCGCGCGGCCGCCCUCCGUGCCGCGGAGGCUCCCGCGCCAGCGCCCGCUGCGGCUCGCACGCCCGCCCCCGCGCGGCUCGCUGGGGGCGCCCGGAGUUCGAGGCCGCGCGCCGGGAGCCGCGAGGGCGCUGGGAGGCACGCGCGGAGGCGUGCUGGCGCUCGGCUGCGGCGGACGGCCCUCGCCCGUGCCGUGGAGGGGACCGCGGCCCCGGCGUACGACGCCAGCCGCCUGAGGAC